AUGACCUUCCAUCCAGACUCUCUCCCCAACCUCACGGGCAAAGUCUUCAUAGUUACAGGCGGCAACUCCGGAAUUGGCUUCUACACCGUCUCGCACCUCGCGGCCCACGGCGCCCACGUCUACAUGUGCGCGCGCUCCCCGGAAAAAGGCACCGCCGCGAUAAACAGCAUCAAAGAAAAGCACCCCAGCGCGAAAAUCUCCCUGCUCCAAAUGGACCUCACCGACCUAUCCACCGUCGUCCACGCCGCAAACCACUUCCUCACCCUCGAAACCACCCUCCACGGCCUCGUCAACAACGCCGGAAUCAUGGCGACGCCCUUUGAGAUGACAACAGACGGCCACGAAGCGCAGUGGCAGACAAACUACCUCGCGCACUGGGUCUUCACCACGCAUUUGCUCCCUGUAUUGCGGCGCACGGCGAAAGGGGCCCCCGCCGGUAGCGUGCGCAUCGUCAACAUCACAUCCUCGGGCCACCUCGCCGCGCCAAAGGACGGGAUCCAUUUCGACGACCCCGCGCUAAGCGAGAGCGGGGUCUGGGCGCGGUACGGGCAGAGCAAGCUCGCGAACAUCCUGCACGCGAAAACACUGCAUGCAGUGUACGGGCCGGGGUCUGAGCGUGCGCGCGCCGGCGAAGGCGAGAUUUGGGUCUCGAGCGUGCACCCCGGGAUCGUCGAGACGAAUCUGUCGUCGUCUGUGGACAAGGCGUCUGGGUCGAGUUUUGUCGGGGUUGUCGCGAUUGCGCGUAUGCUUGGACUCGUGUGGUCGGCGGAUAAGGGGUCGUGGAAUAGUUUGUUCUGUGUGGCGGGUGCGGAGAUGAAGGCUGAGCAGGCUGGGGGGUAUCUCGACGUCUUUGGGCGGUGCGGGGAGCCGUGGUGGCAGAGUGGUGCGGCCAAGGAUGCAAGGCUUGCGGAGAGGUUGGAGCAGUGGACGGGAGAGGUUAUGAAGAGGGAGGGGUGGGUUCAGUAG